AUGGCUAUGCAUGGCAUUAUAUGGCUAUACAUGGUAAUACAUGGCUAUACAAGGCAAUACAUAGUAAUACAUGGAACCACAUGGCUGUACAUGGUAAUACAUUGCAAUACAUUGCUAUACAUAGUAAUACAUGGCAAUACAUGGUAAUACAUGAUAAAACAUGGCAAUACAUGGCUAUACAUAACAGUUCAUGGUAAUACAUGGCUAUACAUGGCAAUACGUGGCUAUACAUGGUAAAACAUGGCGAUACAUGGAAAUACAUGCCUAUACAUGACAGUACAUGGUAAUACGUGGCUAUAAAUAGCAAUACAUGGCAAUACAUGGCGAUACAUGGCAGCACAUGGUAAUACGUGGCGAUACAUGACAAUACAUGGCUAUACAUGGCAUUACACGGCAAAACAUGGUAAUACAUGGCCAGACAUGGUAAUAUAUGGUAAUACAUGGCAAUAAAUUGCAGUACAUGGCUUUACAUGGUAAUACAUGGCAAUACAUGGCAAUACAUGGCUGUACAUGGCAGUACAUGGUAGUACAUGGCUAUAGAUGGCAAUACGUGGCUAUACAUGGUAAUACAUGACGAUACAUGGUAAUACAUGGCAAUACAUGGUGAUACACAAUAAUACAUGGUAAUACAUGGUGAUACAUAAUAAUACAUGGCAAUACAUGGUAAUACAUAGUAAUACAUGGUAAAACAUUGUAAUACACCGUAAUACAUGGCUAUACAUGGCUAUACGUAGCAUUACGUGGUUAUACAUGGCAAUACUUGGUAAUACUUGGCAAUACAUGGUGAUAUAUGGUAAUACAUGGCAAUAAAUGGUAAUAUAUAGUAAUACAUGGUGAGACACGGUAAUACAUUGCAAUACAUUGCAAUAAAUAGCAAUACAUGAUAAUACAUGGCGAUACAUGGAAAUACAUGGCAGCACAUGGUAAUACAUUGCGAUACAUGGCAAUACAUCGCAGUACCUGGUAAUACAUGGCAAUACAUGGUAAUACAUGGCAGCACAUGGUAAUACAUGGCAAUACAUAGCAGCACAUGGUAAUACAUUGCGAUACAUGGCAAUACAUGGCAAUACAUUGUAAUACAUGGCAAUACAUGGUAAUACAUGGCUAUACAUGGUAAUACAUGGCAAUACAUGGUUAUACAUGGGUAUACAUGGCUAUACAUGGCUAUACAUGGUAAGACAUGGUGAUACAUGGUAAUACAUAGCAAUACAUGGUAAUACAUAGCAAUACAUGGCUAUACAUGAGUAUACAUGGUAAUACAUUGGUAUGCAUGGUAAUACAUGGCAAUACACGGCUAUACAUGGUAAUACAUGGUAAUACAUGGCAUUACAUGGGUAUACAUGGCUAUACAUGGCUAUACAUGGUGAUACAUGGUAAUACAUAGCAAUACAUGGUAAUUAAUACAUGGCAAUACAUGGUUAUACAUGAGUAUACAUGGUAAUACAUGAGUAUACAUGGCUAUACAUGGCUAUACAUGGUAAUACAUGGCGAUUCAUGGUAAUACAUAGUAAUGCAUAGUAAUACAUGGCUAUACAUGGCAUUACAUGGGUAAAAAUGGGUAUACAUAGUAAUACAUGGCAAUAUAUGGCAUUACAUGGCUAUACAUGUUUAUGCAUGGCUAUACAUGGCUAUACAUGGUAAUACAUGGCAAUACAUGGCAUUACAGGGGUAUACAUGGCUCUACAUGGCUCUACAUGGUAAUACAUAGUGAUACAUGGUAAUAUAUAGCAAUACAUGGUAUUACAUGGGUAUACAUGGCUAUACAUGGCUAUACAUGGUAAUACAUGGCAAUACAUGGUAAUACAUGGUAAUACAUGAUAAUACAUGGCUAUACAUGGUAAUACAUGGCAAUACAUGGCUAUACAUGGUAAUACAUAGCAAUACAUGGCAUUACAUGGCUAUACAUGGCUAUACAUGGCUAUACAUGGUAAUACAUGGCAAUAUAUAUAUGGCUAUACAUAGGUAUACAUGGUAAUACAUGGCUGCACAUGGUAAUACAUGGCAAUGCAUGGCUAUACAUGGUAAUACAUAGUAAUACCUGGCAUUACAUGAGUAUACAUGGCUAUACAUGGCUAUACAUGGUAAUACAUGGCGAUACAUGGUUAUACAUAGUAAUACAUAGUAAUACAUGGCUGUACAUUGCUAUACAUGGCAUAACAUGGUAA